AGAUCUAUCUUAUAAGUCUAUGGGUUGGCAGCAUUGAAUUUGAAAAAGAGUCGGUAUACUCGACACGAGUUUUGUUGGUUAGUUUUGAUGUGUUUUUGGUUAAACUCGAUUGAAUAGAAUAUUUGGUAGAAAGAGAGAAAGAAAAGAGAAAAUAUUUUGAUUGAAUUGUUCGAACAGUAAAUAACGAAUUAUAAUUUUUGGACAUUUAUUGCGAAAAUGACAUAGCACGCUAAGAAGAACUUUAUUUGACAUUUUUUAUGAUAUCUGAGUUCGACACUCUCUGAAAAUGGUGAAGAAUUUCGUGAUUCCCUUGGUAAAGGACGAGCUAUUGACGUCUCAUGCUGGACAGUAUUUUGUCGAAGAAAUUACUCCUCUACGGACGGUACCACAAGCUCUCGAUGCUACGCGAUCAGAAUUACAAGCAAACGGUGCGCAUUUUAUUCUGAAUCAUUUUGACACAUUUUUCUCUGUUAUUAUUCACGGCAGUAAAGUGGAGGUUGACAUCUGGCUGCGUUCCUUCAAUAGAAUUAACAAGGCUGUGGAGAUACUCGUAGAUGACUUGGAAAAAAUAUUUGACUAUGGCAAGGAUAUUACAGAGGAAGAAGACAGGCAAACGUAUUUAUGCAUUAACAAUAUGUUGGCAUAUUUAUUCUCAUGCUUUAUCUGUCACAUAGAAGAUCAUAUAAAGAAUGCAAACGAGAGUAAUAUUGGAAAACGUAAGAAAGCCACAAAGUCGGAUAUCGAAGAAGAGUGGGAGCAAUCCAGGCAGAAAGCUUUGGAACUUCUGUAUCGAUGGCUGCAGGUCCCAUUGUACAAAAUUUGGAGACCACCAAUUGUCGAUAAUUCAUUUGUCAUGAUUUUAGCGCAGAUAUGUUACAAGAUAUUAGAACAGAGCAAGGAUGCUAAGCAAAAGCACACAAGACAAACUAUAUUUGAGAUUCUGGGAACUUUGAUAAAAAAAUAUAAUCAUGGAAUAACUUGCGUUGUGAGGAUUAUUCAGUUGGUGAAGUUAUACGACGCACUGGCGAUACCCAUAGCGGCUGGCGUGGUACAUAUGGUCACCGACUGUGGCUGCAACGGUUUGAUAAGGGAGGUGAUGAAUGAGAUCGGACAAAGCGAAAUUAGCGAGGCGGACAGCCGCAACACAUCCACGUUUCUCGAGAAUAUCGCGAUUUCGCAGCCCAAUCUCAUAAUUCCUAUUCUCGAUGAUAUCACAGAUUACCUGUCAAAUGAGUUUUACACAAUGAGGAACUGUGUGAUUGGAGUCUUGGGUGCUGUGGUGCAAAAGGCACUGACCGGCGAAGAUCUUACGGAUGAACAGAAGGAGCAACGCGAUGAAUGUCUGGACAAUUUGGAAGAGCACAUCUUGGAUUGCAAUGCUUAUGUGAGAUCGAAAGUGCUUCAUAUCUGGCAACGCUUGUGCUGCGAAGGCGCUGUGCCACUAGCGAGACACGGAAAGCUUUUAGCCUGCGCCGCGUUACGUUUAGAAGAUAAGAGCGCGAAUGUCCGCAAGCAGGCUCUUCAAUUGCUGCGCACCCUGUUGCAAAGUAAUCCUUUCGCCGGCAAGUUGAAUUGCGUUGAACUCUCUGAUUCGUUGGAAAAGGAGAUGGCAAAACUGCAAGAAUUACAAGCUCACAUCGUGAGUGCUAGUGGACGUGGUCACGAGCAGAGAUUCGAGUUUUGGACUGAUUUAGAACCAGAUAUAAAGGCAGCAAUAAAAAAGAUCGUGGAAAAUGAAGCGGAAUGCGUGAAUAAUGUAGAACAAGAAGAGAACACCGAUCCAAAUCACGUGUUCGAGAACGUGAGACAGUUAUUAUUAAACCGAAAAGUCACUGAAGCAGUGACGUACCUGUGGCAGACGUGUACGAAAUUGGAGGAAGCUCCUGAAAUGGAAAAUCUUUCCGCUGCAGCGAAGGAGGAAUGUUUAUUUACCUUCUUAAUCAAGAUUUUCAUGGAGUCAGAGAAUAAAUCGGCAGAUGACGAAGACGAAAAUGCGAACAACGCGGAAAAAUCGGAACGAGACAACAAGAUGAAAGAGGAAUUAAGAUUGCGAAAGCGCGUUAUAAAUUACUUAAAAAAUUGUCUGGAGUUUGCGACCGAGUUGGAGAAGGCGAUACCGAUGGCGGAAAAAUUGCUGUUUUCUACUUCCGCUGGAGACGCCGUUGAAUCGUGCACGUUUUUAGGGACUGCUUUCCAAUUCGGAGUAACUGGAGCGGCCCACUCUAUGCGCGAGGCUCUAUUCCAAGUGUUCCACCGCGAUCAGUCUGUGCGCAAUAACGUGGCCGAGGUGUACAAAGAGAUCUACCUUGAUAAUACGAAUAACAACAAACGAUCGAGCCGUCAAAUAGCCGUUGCUCGUGCGAAUCGUCUGAUCGAAUUGCUGAAGGAGUUGAAGCCUGGACAGAGCCCGGCUUUGACUCUGCUGAUUGUGACGUGGUAUGAGAACGGAGAGUUAAACAGCGAAUUGCUACAGGUAUUAUGGGAAAAGUUCUCCAUGAAAUAUCCGGACACGUCGCCAAUAGAUAGCAGAGCCGCGCUAAUGAUAAUAACGAUGAUAGCUCAGGCGAAGUCUAACAUAGCAACUGACAAUCUGGACGUGUUAAUAAAGAUUGGAUUAGGUCCGCGCGCGAAGGACGAUCUUCUUUUAGCGCGGGAUACUUGCAGAAUGUUGCUAAAGAUAAAACAGAAUAGCAAGGAUGUCGAAAAACCGGCUUUAAGGUAUCCCAACGAUCACGAUAUGUUCAACGAGAUCCUGACAUUAUUAAUAGAUUUUUUUACUAGCGAGGAGGAGAACGCUUACAUCUCUUUCGCGACGGAUGCGCUUAAUGCUAUAUAUCAUUUAGCGAAUCAACCGGACAAGUUGAUAAAGAAACUGUUAUUGAUCAUCACCGAGAAGGGUCAGUUUAUGAGUGAAGAAGCGAAUCAAGUACCGGAAGUGUCGAGCACUGUACUCUCCAAAUUGCUUUACAUAAUCGGACACGUUGCCAUCCUACAAUUGGUUCACCUAGACGUGUCCAUUUAUAAGGAACUGAAACGCAGAAACACGCUACGAGAGAUGCAGGGUAAGAAAAAGAAACGAACGCCGAAGGGCGCGUUUUCGACGCCAGACAGUAGAGCUAGAGCGAACGCGUCGACCUCGAGCACACGGCGAGCCUCGACGAGCUCUCGAAGUAAAGAAAUCUCGAUGAUCAGUGAAGAUAACGGAGAAGAAGCCUUGGAGGGCGCAAUGGACGACGCCGAUGCGGAGUUGGUGAGCGGCGCACUCGAAAACGAAAUCGUUACCGGGAACGGCCUGCUCGCGAAAUUUAUUCCGCUGAUAUUGGAUGUAUGCCAAUAUCCCGACAAGUAUAACAACGAGAACGUGCAAGCUGCAGGUUCGCUCGCGCUUAGCAAAAUGAUGACGAUCAGCUCCGAAUUUUGCGGACAAUCUCUGCAACUCUUGAUCACCAUAUUGGAGCGAUCGCGAUAUCCUGGGAUCCGAUCGAAUAUGCUGGUCGGAUUAAGCGAUCUUGCCACAAGGUUCCCCAAUCAAGUGGAACCGUGGUCGAAACACAUCUAUGGCAGACUUCGAGAUGAGGAUGUGAACGUGCGUAGGACAUGUGUUCGUAUGUUGUCGAAUCUGAUAAUGAGGGAAAUGAUACGCGUGAAGGGACAGGUUUCGGAAUUAGCUCUUUGCGUUAUCGAUGAGGAUGAACAGAUACGCCGGGAGACGAAGGAAUUCUUCGCUCAACUCGCUCAAAAAGGCAACGCUUUGUACAAUAUAGUGCCUGAUAUAUUAUCACGCCUAGCGGAUCCUCAGUUAAAUCUCGAGGAGAAACAUUUCCAGGAAACCAUUAGGUAUAUUCUCGGCCUGAUGCAGAAGGAGAAGCAAAUCGAUACCAUAAUUGAUAAGAUUUGCGCCAGAUUUAAGUUAGCCGGAGCAGAGAGGCAGUGGCGUGAUCUUUCCUACUGCCUUUCGCUCUUGCAAUUCAGCGGAAAAAGCAUACGACGUCUCAUCGAAAGUUUACCGCUAUUGAAGGAAAAGAUUCAUUAUAAGCCGGUAUUAAUGGCCUUGCAAAGUAUAAUCGAGCAAACGAAGAAGAAGGCGGAGGCGAAGGCCGCUUGUAUGGAAUUGGAAGAGAAAAUACAGGAACUUGUGGAGGCCAAAGAAGAUACCGAGAUGACUGAUAGAGAUUUGAUGCCACCACCGUCUGUCGUGCCGAAGAACAAGAGAAAUGUUCGUCGAAGCAGACGCAAGAGCACGAGCGAUGAAGACGAAGACAGCUCCGAUGAUUCUGAGGAAGAUGUAGACAAUGCAUCCAUUGUAAAAUCAAAAAAUAGUAAAGAAAAACUAAUCAAUAAUAAAAAGAUUUCUCCGGCAAAAUCAUCGGAGAAUGAGGGUAAUAUCGAUGUCGAUAAAGACUCAGUUACUUCGAAGUCUAAACACGGCAAAAGAAGAGAACGUGCAAAGGAAGAUGCAAAGGCAGUACACAGUAAUAUCAAUGCGUCACCGUCUGCAAAACGAAAUAAACUCAAUAAAUCAUCGCAGGAAACUACAAGAAGAAGUUCAGCUCGAUUACGUAAAUAAUUUAUUGUAAAAUUAAAAUAUAAAAUAUAAAAUUUUUUGGAUAAAUAUAACUUUUAAAAAAUAUUUA